CUCAAACGCUUAGGCAACCUGCCCACAUGCUGCCCCCACCUCCUAGCGACCCAGAUAUCGCCGUCAGCAGCAUCCUCUUUCAUCAGGGAGCCAGGAUGUCCAAGGUCCUAGGGACUUGAGCUCCUUGCCCUCACUGCUCAGGUCCCCCCUCAUCAACAGGAACACCCUUCACCAUGGCCCGGAUGCUGUUGCUCAUCUUGAUCAGGGUCCAUUCAGGAUCCUGUGCUCUCUGGGUGUCCCAGCCCCCUGAGAUCCGUACUCAGGAGGGUACCCCUGCCUUCCUGCCUGUUCCUUCAACGCCAGCCAGGGGAGAUUGGCCAUUGGCUCUGUCACAUGGUACUGGGACAAACUGGCCCCAGGGAAGGAGGGUGGUGGUGCUGGGCCAGGGUGUCAGAACAGGGAAUGGGACUCCGCUGGUGGUGGAGAGAGGACCUGCUCAGCUGGCAACACCUACCAUCCUCCUCCUUCGGGCAGGAUUCUAUGCCUUUGGCUUCCUCUCUGUGGCCAUAGGCAGCACCAUCUAUUACCAGGGCAAAUGUGAGUAGUGGAGCCGAGACAGGGGCCGCGGAGAUGGAAGGGGCUGUGAGAGGGCUGAGACGAAGCUCAAGAAGAGGAGGUUCUGCAGCACUAGGCGACCCCCGUGGCCUCGCCACCAGGCUACCGUCACAUGGGAACGCACUGCCGCUCUGCGGAUGGCCUCUGAUGAGUGAUUCUAGACCCCAGUGAUCCCGACGUUUCUCAAAAGACCUCAAUAAAUUCCUCUCUGCCCGACCA